AUGUCCUCCAUAGGCCCGCAACUCCCGCCGCACCUCUCCAAGCGCAAGCGCACGCCCGACGACGACGGCGCCGACGACCGCGAUGCGCGCGGCGACUCUCCCAGCGGCAAGUUACCCCGUCGCGGGGACGCUGCGCCGCCUGCGAACGCGGAUGAGAUAGGCCUCGAUGACGAUGACGAGUCGGAUGACGGCAUGGGGCCGAGCGCGCCGCCGCCGCCUCCCGCGCAGCAGCCGUCCAGGCCCGUCGUCGGGCCUGCGCUGCCGCCAUCCACCACCGCAAAUCAAGACGAGAUAGACCUCUCUGAUUCAGACUCUGAUACCGGCCCUGCACCGCCUCCCACCGUAUCGUCCCGUCCGGGCCCGCAAGCUCCCUCACAGCCGCAACCCACACCAGCAUCAUCAUCGGCACCCAAACCGCAAGCCGCCGCGCCCUCAGACUCAGACUCGGACUCGGACGACGACUACGGGCCCGCCCUCCCCUCCGCAACCACCAAGCGCGCCAACGCCAUCGGCCCAGCCAUGCCCCCCGUCGAAGCCGCCCCCCAGCGCGACACCUGGAUGCUCGCGCCCCCCACCUCGAGCGGCUACACGGAGCGCGACCCGACGCGCAUGCGCAGCCGCAAGUUCGCCUCCAAACCCUCCGCCUCGUCCGGAUCCGGCGCCGGCGCCGGCGGCGAUGGUGUGUCCUCGAUAUGGACCGAGACGCCCGAAGAGAAGCUCCGCCGGCUGCAGGACUCGGUCCUCGGCCGCUCGGGCGACGGGUCCGCCGCCGCGGGAGGACAGGGCGGCGCGGCGGGGCAGAGGAGCAAGGAGCAGGAGGAGAGGGAUCGUCGGAUUGCGGCUAGCAUCGAGGCCCAGCGCGGGGGCAGCCUGUACGAUGAGCAUAGCAAGAAGCGCAGGAAUGAGGGCGUGGCAAAGGGCGAGGAAGAGGACGACCCGAGUAAGAGGGCGUUUGACAAGGAGAAAGACAUGGCGCUCGGAGGCAAGAUUGGCACGGCGCAGAGGAGGGAGCUGGUGACCAAAGCGGCCAAUUUUGGUGGGCGCUUCCAAAAAGGCUCGUACCUCUAG